AUGGCUGCGCUGGCUCGGAGCGUCCUGGUGACAGGGUCCAACCGGGGCAUCGGACUGGAGCUUGUGCGGCAGCUCGCUGCCAGCCCCCGCCCCCCCCAGCACAUCUUUGCCACCUGCCGUGACCCCAAGGGUCCAAGAGGGAAGGCCCUGCAAGAAUUAGCUGCCCAGCACUCCAGCAUCAAACUGGUCCAGCUAGACACAGUAAAUUUGCCCAGCAUCCAAGGGGCCAUGCAGGCUGUGGGGUAUCAUCUGAAGGACCAGGGCUUGAACCUGCUCAUCAACAAUGCAGGCAUCAGCUCCCACGCCACCCUGCACUCCCUGGACUCGCAGGAGAUGCUCAACGUAUUUGCCACCAACGUGGUUGGGCCACUCCAGGUUGUCAAAGAAUUUCUGCCGCUCCUGGAGCAGGCAGCGAAGGGCACGAGGAAGGAGAGUCUGAGCUGCAGCAGGGCUGCUGUCAUCAACAUCUCCACCAAACUGGGCUCCAUUGGGCUGUGCCUCAGGGUGCCAGAGGCCCCCAUGUACCCGUACCGGGCCAGCAAGGCUGCCCAGAACAUGGUGACGAGGUGCUUGGCUGCAGAACUCCAGGACAAGGGGAUCUUGUGCGUGGCCAUCCAUCCUGGCUGGGUGAAGACAGACAUGGGCACAGAGCAGGCACUGCUGACAGUGGAGCACAGCGUGAGGGGCAUCCUGACCGUGCUGGCCAGCCUCUCACAGGACGACUCUGGAACCUUCCUUGACUGGGAAGGGAACAGCCUGCCCUGGUGA